AGGUUUAAUCUGCCAAUAAUAUACUUAUUUUCUUAUUUUUCUAGACAUUUGGUGAGUUCACCAAUUUUGUCCUACCACACGGUCCACACCCAAAACGAAACCCUCCUUUCUCAUUUGGUUUUCUCUGUUUUCCCGCAUCAUCCUACAGUUGGACUCGGCGCUUCUGCCUCUAUCUCUCUCUCUCUCUCUUGCCCUCUCUACCAAACCCUAACCCCCAAAUGUCAACCUCUGCAAUCAAACCGUAAUUAUCUCCAAUCGAACCUCACCCCGACCCAAUUCACCUCCGAUUUCCUCUAAUUCCACUCUUCCCCGACCGAUUUAUUCAAAUUUCAGCCAUGCCCAAGACUCUCAAAGCUUCGCGGGAUUAAUAUAAUGAUCGAAUCGUUGAAGCACCGUACGAAUUCAUUUUAUGGGUUUGAGCAAUGCCGGAGCUUCGCAGAGGAGUCCGCCGAGGCCGCGCUAGGGUAGCUCACAAGCCGUCGGACCUACCGCCGCCCUCGCGGAGGACCCGUGCCACGGUCGCCCGAGAAGCCGCUGAGGCCGUGGUGAGGCCGAGGACAAGGUUGGCAGUGAGAAAAUUGAAAGAAGAGGAGAAGCAGGAGCCGGACCCGGAGCCGGAGCAGGAAGACCGUGUGAUUGUGAUAUCGGAGAAGGACUCCGAUUCUGAGGGCAAAAAGGGAAAAGAAAUAGUCGAGGAAGAUAGGAAAGCUGUGAUGGCUGACGAUAGUGGUGGCUUGAGUGCUAAUAAGGCUGCUGGGCAAGAAGAAGAGGGCAGUACUGCGCCUUUUCCCGAAAAGGUUCAAGUAGGAGGGUCGCCACUCUAUAAGGUAGAGAGGAAGCUGGGCAAAGGUGGCUUUGGCCAGGUGUUUGUUGGUCGUCGUGUUACGGGUGGAGUUGAUCGCACAAGCGGUCCUGGUGCUAUUGAGGUGGCACUUAAAUUCGAGCACAGAAACAGCAAAGGCUGUACUUAUGGUCCUCCAUAUGAGUGGCAAGUUUACAACACUCUUGGUGGUAGUCAUGGAGUGCCUAAAGUGCACUAUAAAGGAAAGCAAGGAGACUAUUAUGUCAUGGUUAUGGACAUGCUAGGGCCUAGUUUAUGGGAUGUAUGGAACACUUCAGGGCAAGCGAUGUCUGCAGAAAUGGUAGCUUGUAUAGCUGUCGAGUCUUUAUCAAUUCUAGAGAAGAUGCACUCAAGAGGCUAUGUGCAUGGAGAUGUGAAGCCAGAAAACUUUUUACUUGGUCAGCCAUCUACAGCUCAAGAGAAGAAAUUGUUUCUUGUUGACCUUGGACUAGCGACAAAGUGGAAAGACACUAAUGGGGGUCAUGUUGAUUAUGAUCAACGUCCUGAUAUGUUUAGAGGAACUGUUCGAUAUGCUAGUGUUCAUGCUCACUUGGGAAGAACUGCUAGUAGAAGAGAUGAUCUUGAAUCUCUUGCUUAUACACUCAUUUUUCUCCACCGAGGAAGGUUACCAUGGCAGGGCUAUCAGGGUGAUAACAAAUCUUUCCUAGUUUGCAAAAAAAAGAUGGCAACAUCUCCUGAAAUGCUGUGCUGCUUCUGCCCCCCACCUCUAAGGCAAUUUCUUGAGGUUGUGGUGAACAUGAAAUUUGAUGAAGAGCCUAACUAUUCGAAGUUAAUAUCAUUGUUUGAGAGUUUGAUAGGAUCAAAUCCUGCUGUAAGGCCAAUAAAAAUUGAUGGCGCUCAGAAGAUUAUUAGUCAGGUUGGCCAGAAACGGGGUAGAUUGAAUAUUGAGGAAGAUGAUGAUGGCCAGCCAAGGAAGAAAGUUAGGCUAGGAGUACCUGCCACACAAUGGAUUUCAGUUUACAAUGCUCGGAUGCCGAUGAAACAGAGGUAUCAUUACAAUGUCGCUGAUGCAAGGUUGGCACAACAUGUGGAGAGAGGGAUUCAAGACGGUCUGCUUAUAAGCUGUGUGUCAUCUUGUUCUAAUCUCUGGGCACUUAUUAUGGAUGCUGGAACCGGUUUUACAAACCAAGUUUAUGAGCUUUCACCCUUCUUCUUGCACAAGGAAUGGAUAAUGGAACAAUGGGAGAAGAACUAUUACAUUAGUUCUAUUGCUGGUGCUAAUAAUGGAAGUUCCCUUGUGGUGAUGUCAAAAGGAACUCAGUAUACGCAACAGUCUUACAAAGUAAGUGAUUCUUUCCCCUUCAAGUGGAUAAAUAAGAAGUGGAGAGAAGGAUUUCAUGUGACCUCAAUGGCAACUGCUGGGAGCCGGUGGGGUGUUGUUAUGUCUCGCAAUGCUGGCUUCAGUGAUCAGGUUGUGGAGCUGGAUUUUCUCUAUCCAAGUGAAGGCAUCCACAGACGUUGGGAUAAUGGUUUCCGGAUAACGUCAACUGCUGCAACUUGGGAUCAAGCGGCCCUCAUCUUGAGUGUCCCCAAGCGCAAACCUGGUGAUGAAACUCAGGAGACUUUGCGUACAUCUCAAUUUCCUAGCACACACGUGAAGGAAAAAUGGGCAAAGAAUCUGUAUCUUGCUUGUUUGUGCUAUGGGCGAACUGUAUCUUGAUUCCUGUGUUAUCGGCAGGAAUUUGUAAGUCGAUAUUUUUAGAUUUGGUUAUUUUGUUUUUCCCCCUCUCUGGGUUGAUAAUGAUUUGUAAGAAAAUAUGUUGAACGAGAGGAGUUAGCUGCAGCAGCAGAGAUUAUGUUGUACGAUAAAUGUUUUAUGAGCCGUAUAGUUGGCUUUUAAUUUGAGAUCCCGCCAGUAAUUUAAAGUUAAAUUAUGCAGUGCUCUGUUCCUCA